GUUCGCUCGGCGUUCACCGUUCUCGUUCACUCGCCCUUCACCGUUCGAGUUCGCAUUCGCGUUCGUCUGGAAGCGACGUUGCUCUGAUUCAAACUCUGCGACCAACCCGCACGCUCCACCUAGCCGUCGAACUGCUCUCUUUUGUAGCCGAAAUUCUCUGAGGUAUAUAAGAAUUAAGAAGGAAGACUAUUUCAACGGUAUUACUCUGUUGAUUCUGGUCUGCUACAAGCUUGAACAUAGAAUUGAAGAGAGAAAAACCUUUAAUUUGUCUCCUAGCUUGAUGAUCAAAUGAUGAAGAUUCAAUAAAAAGGUCUUUCUUCUGGUGUUGUGUAGCACUCUUUAAUUUCCUCAGUGGAUUAAUCACUUUGCAAUAGUUUGAUUUGGAGAUAUUGUUUUGUCUUGCGAUAAUUGAACGGGAGGCCAUUGAAAUGGCAAGCUACUUGUGGAGAAAAUAUGCAGACUACUUGUACACAAAAUGGGAGAAAACCUUUCUUUGGGACAUGGUGGCGCCUUAUAGAAGGCCCAAAUCCUUUACACCUUUAGUCACAAUUUAUAUAGCUGCUUUCUACACUGGAGUUGUUGGGGCUGCCAUCACUGAACAACUCCACAAGGAAAAGUAUUGGGAAGAGCAUCCAGGCAGAGUUGUGCCUCUCAUGGAACCAAAGUUUUAUUGGGGUCCGUGGAGGAUUAUGCGAGGAGACGUACCAUCUCCACCACCAUCUCAAUGAAAGGUCUGGAUGCAUGUUUUAUGUUUGCUUCCAAUUCACCACAUUUUGUCAUUUAAGCACAGGAUGUUUGGCUUCACCAAAAGUUUGUUACUGCACCCUUAUUGUGUUGUCUUUUUCUCUCAGCUGUGAAAUCGAAAGGUUGGAACUUGUUCUCUUCAUGGAAAGCAUACUAUAAUAUUUAUAAAUAGCAUUAAGAAUUUUUACAA